AUGGCUCUCAUUCUGUUUCACGACACCCAAUGCGGCCACCCAACACAAACAGGAAUUAUGGAACCAGGCCUCAAGAAAUUCUACGAGGCGGAAGAUAACGUCGCAUCCCUCUACAUUGCCGAGGUGCCGAUAUGUGUACACGGCGGCACACCUAUACUAUGGGCGGGCACUUCUAGUAACGAGCAAUGCGCUGUCGAGAAGGUCACAAACCACACUCUGACAACACACCAAACCAUACCUGAUAUGUGCAUUCCCGCACAAAGCUUUCCCGGUGCAGAUGAACUACAGUGGCAUUGGUUUGAUUCUAACAGCAUAUGUCAAGUCCUCCCCUGCGGGGAAACUAUAGUAUAUUUCAAAUUUCAUUGCGAUGGUGCGAUUGUGUCGGAUCCCGAGCCUUCGUCCACUCCAACUAUCGCACAUAAUUCAGCUAGAGAUCUCGGCUUCCAGCUGGAUUCACAAGCAUUGCCUUUGGUGAAUACUCCGUGA